AUGGGCACUCCGCCGCCAGCAACAUACUCCACAUCAUUCUUUUCGACACCUGUCACUCCCCCAGCCCCCGAAAUUAAGACCGAAGAUUCGCCUGCCUACUACAACACCUCCUCCUGCGUCGAUGCUGCAAACAUCAUCCGGAACAUGCGAGUGGAUGAAAUGCAAGAGUCGGACACAGAUCUGGGCUUCCGCGUUCGCAAUCAAAACUGCUAUGUGAAUAGCAACAUGGUAUUCAACAUGAUGGACAAGUACUCAACUCAGCACUCUAUCGUAUGA